AUGGAAUUCAACUUUAACAUCAACAACUUUUUCAAAGAUGAAAUCACCAAAGUCGGAUCCAGACUCAUACCUGAUAAUUUUACAGGAGAUAGAAGAGAAGUUCAGGAUUGUUUAUCUAAAGUGAGUUAUGUAUUAACUAUCCUUGGUGAAAAAUCAGCAAGAGCUCAAGGUCUUCAAAAAGUUAUUACAAGUGGAGAAAAACUUAGAAAUUCAGAUCAUAUUGUUUAUAUAUUAAUCGAUCCGAAAGGUGGUUCCAAGGGUUAUGGAACAGUUUUGGGAAUGUUAAAAAUGGGUUUAAAACAUUUAUACGUAUUCGAUACUGGAGGAAACAAUCAUGAAAUAACAACAAAAUGCGUUUUGGAUUUUUAUGUUCACGAAUCAAAACAAAGAAUGGGGUUGGGAAAAAAAUUAUUUGAAUAUAUGUUAAAGGAAGAAAAAACCGAACCUGUACAUUUAGCUAUAGAUAAACCAUCUCCAAAGUUUUUAUCAUUUUUAAAUAAACAUUACGGAUUGCAAAAUAUAAUACCGCAAAUGAAUAAUUUUGUCGUUUUCGAAGGAUUUUUCACCGGACGAUCAUUUGGAGAAGAUGCAGAAGAAAAUUCAAAAUUAUAUUCAUCUCGUAUAAGUAAUAUUAAUAGUACGUAUGGAAAUCGAUAUAAAAGGUUUGUUAAAUAA